AUGUCAACUGAACCGGUAAGCGCCUCUGAUAAAUAUCAGAAAAUUUCUCAACUGGAACAUAUCUUAAAAAGACCAGACACUUAUAUCGGUUCUGUUGAAACUCAAGAGCAGCUGCAAUGGAUAUACGAUGAAGAGACCGAUUGCAUGAUUGAAAAAAAUGUCACAAUUGUACCAGGGUUGUUCAAAAUCUUUGAUGAAAUCUUAGUCAAUGCGGCAGAUAAUAAAGUUCGUGAUCCAUCGAUGAAACGAAUCGAUGUAAACAUACAUGCUGAGGAACAUACUAUAGAAGUGAAAAAUGAUGGAAAAGGUAUUCCCAUAGAGAUUCAUAACAAGGAGAAUAUUUAUAUUCCUGAAAUGAUAUUUGGUCAUUUGUUGACAUCAUCCAAUUAUGAUGAUGAUGAGAAGAAAGUCACUGGUGGUAGAAACGGUUAUGGUGCUAAGCUUUGUAAUAUAUUUUCCACUGAAUUCAUAUUAGAAACUGCAGAUCUAAAUGUUGGCCAGAAAUAUGUUCAAAAAUGGGAAAAUAACAUGAGCAUUUGCCACCCCCCAAAAAUAACAUCUUACAAGAAGGGUCCAUCAUAUACAAAGGUGACAUUUAAGCCGGAUUUAACCAGAUUCGGAAUGAAAGAGCUAGAUAAUGAUAUCUUAGGAGUGAUGCGAAGAAGAGUUUAUGAUAUCAAUGGUUCUGUUCGUGACAUUAAUGUCUAUCUGAAUGGCAAGUCCUUAAAGAUAAGAAAUUUCAAAAAUUAUGUUGAACUCUACUUGAAAUCACUCGAAAAAAAAAGACAACUAGAUAACGGUGAGGACGGUGCCGCUAAGUCUGAUAUCCCGACUAUUCUUUAUGAGAGAAUAAACAACAGAUGGGAAGUUGCUUUUGCGGUUUCUGAUAUCUCUUUUCAACAAAUUUCUUUUGUGAAUUCCAUUGCAACUACCAUGGGUGGUACCCAUGUCAAUUACAUAACAGACCAAAUUGUAAAAAAAAUUUCAGAAAUUUUGAAGAAAAAGAAGAAAAAAAGUGUGAAGUCUUUUCAGAUUAAAAAUAAUAUGUUCAUUUUCAUUAAUUGUUUGAUUGAGAAUCCUGCAUUUACCUCACAAACAAAAGAGCAACUGACAACAAGAGUCAAAGAUUUUGGGUCCCGUUGUGAGAUUCCUCUUGAAUAUAUUAAUAAGAUUAUGAAAACUGAUUUGGCUACAAGAAUGUUUGAAAUUGCCGACGCAAAUGAAGAAAAUGCGCUAAAGAAGUCUGAUGGUACAAGGAAAAGCAGAAUUACUAAUUACCCUAAACUGGAAGAUGCCAACAAAGCCGGUACAAAAGAAGGCUAUAAAUGUACUUUAGUUCUGACAGAAGGGGAUUCCGCCUUGUCAUUAGCUGUUGCAGGUUUAGCUGUUGUUGGUAGAGAUUAUUAUGGUUGUUAUCCACUUCGUGGUAAAAUGCUGAAUGUUAGAGAAGCUAGUGCUGAUCAGAUACUAAAAAACGCGGAAAUUCAAGCCAUUAAAAAAAUUAUGGGGUUACAACAUCGCAAGAAAUAUGAAGAUACAAAAUCUUUAAGAUAUGGGCAUCUUAUGAUCAUGACCGAUCAAGAUCAUGAUGGUUCGCAUAUUAAAGGUUUAAUUAUAAACUUUUUAGAAAGCUCAUUUCCUGGUCUUUUGGAUAUCCAAGGUUUCUUACUUGAAUUCAUAACUCCGAUCAUCAAAGUUUCCAUCACUAAACCAACAAAAAACACUAUUGCAUUCUACAAUAUGCCGGACUAUGAAAAAUGGAGAGAGGAAGAAUCGCACAAAUUUACUUGGAAGCAGAAGUAUUAUAAAGGAUUAGGGACUUCUCUAGCACAAGAAGUCCGAGAAUAUUUUUCGAACUUGGACAGACAUUUGAAAAUAUUCCAUUCUUUGCAGGGUAAUGAUAAAGAUUACAUUGAUUUAGCUUUCUCCAAGAAAAAGGCAGAUGACCGUAAAGAAUGGCUGAGACAAUACGAACCUGGUACUGUUUUAGACCCUACUUUAAAAGAGAUUCCAAUUAGCGACUUCAUUAAUAAGGAAUUAAUCCUUUUUUCUUUGGCCGAUAAUAUACGGUCGAUUCCCAAUGUUUUAGAUGGAUUUAAACCUGGCCAAAGAAAAGUUCUUUAUGGUUGUUUCAAAAAAAAUUUAAAGUCGGAACUGAAAGUAGCUCAACUUGCACCAUACGUGAGCGAAUGUACGGCAUAUCACCAUGGUGAGCAGUCAUUGGCACAAACUAUUAUUGGGCUAGCCCAAAACUUUGUUGGGUCCAACAAUAUUUACUUGCUAUUACCUAACGGUGCUUUCGGUACAAGAGCCACUGGUGGUAAAGAUGCAGCGGCAGCGAGAUAUAUCUACACAGAAUUGAACAAAUUAACUCGUAAGAUAUUUCACCCUGCUGAUGAUCCAUUAUACAAAUAUAUACAAGAAGAUGAGAAAACAGUGGAGCCAGAGUGGUAUUUACCAAUUCUUCCUAUGAUUCUUGUUAACGGUGCUGAGGGUAUUGGCACUGGCUGGAGUACUUACAUUCCUCCAUUCAACCCAUUGGAAAUUAUAAAGAAUAUAAGACAUUUAAUGAACGACGAGGAGCUUGAGCAAAUGCAUCCGUGGUUUAGGGGAUGGACCGGUACUAUUGAAGAAAUUGAGCCUCUGCGUUACAGAAUGUACGGUAGGAUUGAACAAAUUGGAGAUAACGUCUUAGAAAUAACUGAGUUGCCAGCCAGAACUUGGACAUCGACUAUAAAGGAGUACUUACUUUUAGGUUUAAGCGGUAACGAUAAAAUAAAACCCUGGAUCAAAGAUAUGGAGGAGCAGCACGAUGAUAACAUCAAAUUCAUAAUCACGCUAUCACCUGAGGAAAUGGCUAAAACAAGGAAAAUAGGUUUUUAUGAAAGAUUUAAACUAAUUUCGCCUAUAAGUUUGAUGAAUAUGGUCGCAUUUGAUCCUCACGGGAAAAUCAAGAAGUACAAUUCCGUGAAUGAAAUAUUAAGCGAAUUUUACUACGUCAGACUAGAAUACUAUCAAAAAAGAAAAGACCAUAUGAGCGAAAGGUUACAGUGGGAGGUAGAGAAAUACUCUUUCCAAGUAAAAUUUAUUAAAAUGAUUAUUGAAAAGGAGUUAACAGUCACCAAUAAGCCUAGGAACGCUAUUAUCCAAGAACUUGAGAAUUUAGGGUUCCCCAGAUUUAAUAAGGAAGGUAAACCAUAUUAUGGAAGUCCUAACGAUGAGAUAGCUGAACAAAUUAACGACGUAAAAGGCGCAACUUCUGAUGAAGAAGAUGAAGAAAGUUCACACGAAGAUACUGAAAAUGUUAUAAAUGGUCCUGAAGAACUAUAUGGCACAUAUGAAUAUUUAUUAGGAAUGAGAAUAUGGUCAUUGACCAAGGAAAGAUAUCAAAAGCUGUUGAAACAAAAACAAGAAAAGGAGACAGAGUUGGAAAACUUGUUAAAACUUUCCGCGAAAGAUAUAUGGAACACUGACUUGAAGGCUUUUGAGGUGGGAUAUCAAGAAUUUUUGCAACGAGAUGCAGAAGCUCGCGGUGGUAAUGUUCCCAAUAAAGGGAGCAAAACGAAAGGUAAAGGAAAAAGAAAGCUUGUUGACGACGAAGACUACGACCCAUCAAAAAAAAACAAGAAAAGUACUGCUAGAAAGGGCAAAAAAAUUAAGUUAGAGGAUAAGAAUUUUGAAAGGAUUUUGUUAGAACAAAAACUAGUAACCAAAAGCAAGGCGCCUACAAAGAUUAAAAAAGAGAAAACGCCUUCUGUUUCAGAAACAAAAACAGAAGAAGAAGAGAAUGCUCCUUCUUCCACGAGUUCUUCUUCUAUUUUCGACAUAAAGAAAGAAGAUAAAGAUGAGGGCGAACUGAGUAAGAUUUCGAACAAGUUUAAAAAAAUUAGCACGAUUUUUGACAAAAUGGGUUCUACUUCCGCUACAUCGAAGGAAAAUACACCAGAACAGGACGAUGUAGCCACUAAAAAAAAUCAAACAACCGCUAAAAAAACAGCUGUAAAACCUAAAUUGGCCAAGAAGCCAGUCAGGAAACAACAAAAAGUUGUGGAACUAUCUGGUGAAAGCGACCUAGAAAUUUUAGAUUCAUACACUGAUCGGGAAGAUAGCAAUAAAGAUGAAGAUGAUGCUAUACCACAACGAUCAAGGAGACAAAGAUCGUCGAGAGCUGCGUCGGUUCCUAAGAAAUCUUACGUUGAAACUUUAGAAUUAUCUGACGACAGUUUCAUCGAAGAUGAUGAAGAGGAAAACCAAGGAUCAGAUGUUUCGUUCAAUGAAGAGGAUUGA